AUGGCAUCUCCAAAUUACGCACAUUCAUAUCCGGGCGGCCGCAGCGGUCCAUUUCUCUGCCUGCAAGAGCCGCAACCACCGGCCCCCAAAGGCCAUAGCGCGCUGGCAUCGCUCAUCAGAAACCGCCCUGGUAUAUCACUACCAAACCCUUUAAACCCUUUUCGUGACGAGGAGGAGGCUCUUGCAGGUCUUGGGGUGGAACGGAGAUUAGUGGAUGAUGAAUCUCCCCGCCGGGAUGAGCGGCGCAUGAGCGCUGUUCUCAACGGACCUCAUAUGCGCAGCAUGCGCCUGAUCGGAAACAGCAACCCUCGAUAUCGGUGGGAAAGAUAUUGGAAGACCGAAGACGAGCUGGCGACUAUGAAAAAGUCCAUCCGUGAAUACUAUGAGCGUUGCAACUACCUUGUCCAGCAGUAUCUGUACAUUGAUAAACUUCUGGAUUCAUCCUUGCCUCAUGACCUACUCAAUGAAUACAACGACCUUCCGCCAUGGGCUUUCCGUGGAGGUCUGGAGGCUCCUGUUACCACGCCGCCAACCAGCGGUGCCGCUGCAGAGCCCGCCCCAACAUUCUCCAAGACUCGUAAGGUCAAGCGGACGCCCAAGGACAUCUACCGACCAACCGAGACCACACCUCUCUUCGGUGGUGAUGGCAACGCCGUCGACGACGAGGACAGUGACCAAGUUGCUAGCCAGGAGACCCGGCCUGAGAUCCCAUGGCUCGAGGAUGAUGAUGUCGACAGCUCCGCCUCCAUCGUUACCUUGGCUAUUUACAUCAACUUUGCUGCCAACGCUAUCCUUCUAGUCGGCAAGCUCGCGGUAGUCUUGACCGUCCCAUCCGUCUCAGUAUUGGCAAGUUUGGUGGACGCGAUUCUGGAUUUCCUGUCGACUGCCAUUGUGUGGAUCACUACCUGGCUGAUCAGCCGACAGGAUCAAUAUCGAUAUCCCAUUGGGCGAAGAAGACUGGAACCGAUUGGGGUGCUUGUCUUCUCCGUUAUCAUGAUCACGUCCUUUGCUCAGGUCGCCCUCGAGGCUAUCCAACGUCUCAUGUCAAAUGACCGGGAGGUUAUUGAACUUGGUGUACCGGCCAUAGCCAUCAUGUUGAGUACCGUCGUCAUCAAGGGCAUGUGUUGGCUCUGGUGCCGUCUCAUCAAGAACUCCAGUGUCCAGGCCUUGGCCUCGGAUGCCAGCACCGAUGUCAUAUUCAACGCCGGCUCAAUCGCUUUCCCAUUAAUUGGCUACUACUGUCAAAUCUGGUGGCUCGAUGCGCUUGGAGGCUUGCUACUCUCCCUGGUGGUCAUCUUCAACUGGUCUCAAACAUCCGGGGAGCACAUCAGACACCUGACCGGCUUUUCCGCCACUGCUGAUCAACGCAAUAUCUUGCUCUACUUGACGAUGCGAUUCGCGAAGACUAUCAAACAGAUCCAGGGCUUGCAAGCCUACCACUCGGGAGACAAGCUUAACGUUGAAGUUGACAUUGUUUUGGAUGCCAGCACGUCACUCAAGGACAGUCAUGAUUUGGCUGAAAGCCUCCAAUACGUCAUAGAAUCUGUCCCAAUUGUCGAUAGAGCGUUUGUCCACGUCGACUAUGCUAGUUAUAACCUCCCCACUCAUAUGGAACAGCAACACAACAUAUAA